CACACCAACUUGCUCAUCAUCUCUUUGUUCCUCCGACGUUAAAAUGGUGCAAAACCAUCCAAUGGCCUCACGUUGCAUGAUGAUAUUACUGCUCUCAAUCGUAUGCCAAUCCAAGCCUUUGACCAAUUCACUAUACCACAAGCUCCUUUCUCUCCCCAUCGCCGACAACCUCCACGUCGACCCCGAAUCCAUCUGUGCAGCCUCUGUUGACUUUGGCCUCAUUGUCCGAGAAAUUCCCGCUGUCGUCCUUCGCCCAUCUCGCCCCGAAGACAUCGCGACUCUUGUGGCAUUCGCAUACAAUGAAUCCACUAUUCCCUUCACUAUCUCAGCCAGAGGACGCGGCCACUCCAUCUUGGGACAAGCUAUGGCUCACGAUGGGGUUGUCAUGGACAUGACAUCUCUUGGUCACAAGUGGCGGGGCGCCACCGUGUUCUGGAGCUGGUCGCUCGGCCACUAUGCCGACGUCGGUGGCCAGCAACUUUGGAUCGAUGUAUUGGAGGAGACGUUGAAACAUGGUGUUGCACCAGUUUCGUGGACAGAUUAUUUGUACCUAACCGUGGGUGGUACGCUCUCUAAUGUUGGCAUUAGUGGGCAAACGUUUCGAUAUGGUCCUCAAAUCAGGAAUGUCUACGAAAUGGAUGUUAUUACUGGAACCGGAGACUUUUCGACUUGCUCCCCCCAGAAAAAUCCCGAGUUAUUUUACUCUGUCCUUGGUGGUCUUGGUCAAUUUGGCAUAAUAACCAGAGCAAGGAUUGCACUGGGUCAAGCUCCAAAGAGAGCUAAGUGGGUGAGAAUGCUGUAUAGUGAUUUUUCAGCUUUUACGAUGGACCAAGAACGUUUGAUAUCACACCAUGGAAGGGACCAAGAUGAAGCAUUGGACUAUGUAGAAGGUUUACUUCUCAUGCGCCGAAAUUCAGAUGGAUGGAUAUCUUUCUUCUCUCUCUCAGACCACCAGCGGUUGAUGUCUCUCGUGACCGAACAUGAGCUCCUCUACUGUAUCGAGGUAGCCAAAUACUAUGACGGACGCACCGAAAGCACAGUGGACAAGGACCUGGAGAAAAUAUUGAAAAAUUUGAGCCAUGUCCCCGAGUUCGUGUUCGAGAAAGAUGUCGCCUACGUAGAUUUCUUGAAUAGAGUACGAGUUGAGGAGCUGGGGCUCCGAGGACGGGGGCUAUGGAAGGUUCCUCACCCGUGGCUCCACCUAUUUGUGCCCAAAUCUGGCAUCGCCGAUUUCAACCUUGGCGUAUUCAAGAACAUUGUUCUCAAAAAGAACAUAACAACCGGAACUGUCCUCAUUUUCCCUAUGCACAAAAAUAAAUGGGAUGAUAGAAUGUCCGCUGUCAUACCAGAUGAAGACGUCUUUUAUGCGGUUGCAUUCUUGCAAUCAAGUGGGUUUAGAGACUGGCAAGAGUUUGACCUUCAAAAUAAGGAGGUGCUCCGUUUUUGUGAACAUAAUGGUAUUAAAGCUAAGCAAUACCUCCCAAAUUACAGCACCGAAAGAGAGUGGAUGCAACAUUUUGGUCCGAAAUGGAGGGCUUUUCAAGAGAGCAAAGCUCGGUUCGAUCCGAAAAUGUUGUUAUCUCCUGGGCAGAGGAUCUUCAAUCACAACUAAGGCAUAUAUUCGAGAUCGAUGGGGUUUAGGGUUCAGUAGGUUUUCUACGCACGCACUUGAGUAUUUUUACGUGAAAUCGUGAAUGCUCACUUAGCUUGUCAUAAUUUCAGAUGUAUAUGUCUAAUCACUUCAUUUUGAGGAGUUUCA